AUGGCGGUGGGGGCCGACGCUGGGCAAACACGCGGGGGGUGGCAAAAAGGGAGCCAGGAGGACGUGGUUGAUCCAUUUUCUAAGAAAGAUUGGUAUGAUGCGAAAGCACCAGCAAUGUUCAAUAUGAGCACUAUUGGGGAAACACUAGGCAAGUGUCAAGGAACCGCAUCGCAUCUGGUAGCCUAA